AUGAACAAUUAUAAUGAAUUUUAUGCUGUUACUAGCCUUUAAGCUGGUCUUUUUUCAUCAAUUGCCGACAUGAUUCUGUAUAAAAUAAGUUUCCUCAAUUAAACCAAAGUUAGAAUGGUUAAAGUAAAUAUAAAUGUAGUCGGUUUGAAAGCAGUGUUUCAUGCUUAUAUUAGAAACGAUUACUAUAUUAUUUAUGGUGGAUAACUUGAAUCAGGAUCAAGAACUUCUUCAUUUGUAAAUACAAAUAAUCCCUCAUAAUCAUUUGUGUUUGAGGAUAGCACUAUGUAAAUUCUAAGGUACUUAGAGCCAGAAAUUUAUGAUAAAAUAUAUAAUGUUUUCUGCGAUAGCAAAUCUUAAAUCAUUUUGAAGAAGGCACAAGAAAUCUAUACGUACUUGUAUGAAGAUCCCUAGGAUUUCAGGUUGGAUAUUAAUUAGUUCAUUUCAGGAGAUGAGAAUUGUCAAGAUGUUUAGAGAAAUAUUAAGCAUAGCUUAUCUUUAAGUUUAGUUAAUUAGUACAAGUUUGUCAAAGGUGUUCUAAUCUUAGAUUAUGAAGGAAGAAAAUAAAGUCAUUCUAUGGAUAAUCAUCCAAUUGAAGUUUCUUAUCCAAAUGGUUUGACCAAAUAUUUUUCAUUCUUUGUAAAACCUUUGGUGUGUACUGGACCUUAUUAAGAGUUAGUAUAGUUAACUUACAGUAUAUAUUCAUAGCCAAUGAUUCUUGACCUAAAUAAAUACUAUAAGAAGCCCUAUGUCUAAUGCCCUGAUCCUAUUCUAAUAAUUGAAGAGGAAGAGUCUCCUUUAAAUUUUUUAAAUCCGUUCACAUUUGACAAGGAAAAAUUAUUAGUCAGCGAUUUAGUAAUAGAUGUUAUCAAUGAUAAAUUAGGGAAGUAUCUGACUUGCUAUAAUUUAAUAAGUAGCAGUCAUGUAAUUCCAACUUUCAUUCCAGACUAUGUAAGUUUCUCAUCGAAUCUCUACUUUAUAAGCUUGAAGAAUAAUUCACAAAUCUAGCCUUCUGGAUUUGACAAUGGAACCGUAAAUUAUUCAAUGAUGACAUAUGCUAAGUCUGAUGAAAAUAAUCUAGACAUUCCAAUAAAAUGGAUUUUAAUAAUUCACGAAUAGAAAAUUGAUAAUUUUACAGAAUAAAAUAAUACUAAUUCCCAAAAAUCCUCAUUCAACUUCAACUCAAAAUAUUUAAAAAAACUUCCUCCAAAAUUUUAAACAUACCCUAAUAAUGUUCAAGUGAAAACAAAUUAAAUAACAUCAAUUAAAUUACCUGAGGUUAUUAGUGAAAAUUCUAAAGACUAUAGAAUUAGCUUGACUAAUAGACCCUAAUUUAUAUCAAUCUUUAAGAAUAAUCUUGUCAUUCAGCCAGAGGAAAGAGACAUUGGACUAUAUUCGGUAUAAAUAAUACUAGCAAGAAUUGACAUCCCUCGUAUAAAAUCAGAAUACAUAAUAGAUGUUGAAGUGUCACUGCUGCCUAUUGAAAAUUAGACAACAAACAUAAAGUGUAAAGAUUUCAAGCUAACCGAGCAAGGAAAUACUUAAGUUAUUAUAGUUAAUCAAUUUGCAUUAAAUUUAGAAAAGGAUUUAGUUGGCUAUGAAUUGCUGAUAAACUUUGCAAAGUUCAAUGGAAACUACACAAAAUUACAAAUAAAACAAGGUUCAUAAGAAAAUAAUAAUAUUUGCUAAGUUUAGAUAUAAUAUCUUGGAAAUGGUCUGUUUUAAAUAGAGCUUACAGAAAAAUUCUUGAAAUAAUAUCCAGCAAUAAAUUUGAUCUUGAAAAUAAUGAGGGAUUAGAGUAUUUGGAACAGAUAAUGA